AAUGGCGAGUGAUUCGAUCACUCCAAUGGCGUCUGGACAAGACCGGGGGGGCCGAUCUAGAUUUGCAAAACUUGGAAUGGCAACAAACGAUGUGUUAAAUCAGGCAUACAGAGAUAUACUGGAGACCGAGGUUCCACCUUCCGAAAUUGAGAAGAAAGUUAGAGCAUCACCACAUUCUUACAAAAAAUUACGCCCUGAACAAGAACAACUCUUGCUAGAUGCUAAGCAUUCGGGAUAUAAGAAUUUUGACAUCUCAUUAACAUACACAUUGAUCAGAAACAUUUGUAAAAAGAUCCCUAAACCAACAAAAGGAAAAUGGGGAGAAGAACCUGCAGCAGGAGAAGUGACCGUGGGUGAUGAUGUCGAGAGAAUUAGGUACAUCCGGAACUGUUUAGCCGCAAAUGUGAGUUCAGCCUCCACCUCUCAGACAGAAUUCGAUGACACCUGGUUAAUGAUGUCAAAUAUCUGCAAAAGAUUGGAAACUUUCACUGGGAAGAAGUACCUGGAUCAGCUUAAUCUUAUUCAUAAACUGACGUUCAGAGGGGAAACUGAAACUGAAGAUGAUGUGAUAGAAAUGACUAAAAUGAGAAUAGCGGCUGGCCGAACCAGAUUUGCCAAACUAGGAAUGGCAACAAACGAUGUGUUAAAUCAAGCGUACGGAGAUAUACUAGAGAUGGAGGUUCCACCUUCCGUUAUUUACAACAAGGUGAAAGCAUCAUCAAUUUAUAAAAGAUUACGCCCCGAGCAAGAACAUCUUUUACAAAAUGCUCAACUAUUAGGGUAUAAGAAUUUUGAUAUCUCAUUAACAUACACAUUGAUCAGAAACAUUUGUAAAAAGAUUCCCAAACCAACAAAAGGAAAAUGGGGAGAAGAACCUGCAGCAGGAGAAGUGACCGUGGGUGAUGAUAUCGAGAGAAUAAGGUCAAUCCAGAAUGGUUUGACAGCAAAUGUUAGCUCAGCUUCAACCCCUCAGACAGAAUUUAAAGACACCUGGUUAAUGAUGUCAAAUAUCUGCAAAAGACUUGAAACCUUCACUGGAAAGAAGUACUUGGAUAAACUUAAUUACAUCCAAAAACUGACACUGAAAGAGGAAGAUGAAGAUGAUAUUAUAGAAAAGGUUAAAAUGGAAAGUCAACUUGAAAUGAUGAAGAAAAUCAUGGCGGAUGUUAAAAAAAUUAAAGAAGCGGUAUUGAGGUCUGAAAGCAAACAUGAAGUACAGGUGUGCAAUGUAAUAAUUAUAUAUUCUGCAAAACAAAUGAACAAAGCUUACAGAAAGUUUACAGAAAUGCAAUUUUGAUUAUUUCUGCUAGAGAUAAAGUUGGUUCAUUGAUCAAAAGGUGUAGGUUAUACAUGUAUAUAUUUUUGCUACCUGGUUUCUUGAAUUUUAGUAGUCAAAUUGACCUUAUUUCAACUGAAGCAUUGCGUACAAUUAUAUUUACCUAAAAGACAGUAAGUUUUUGCUCUACUGGUCAGAGACCAGAAGAGCUUAUGCGAUAGUAAUGAGUCCGUCGGCCACCCGUCUGUCCGUCUGUAAACAAUUUUUCAAAAUGCUACUCCUACAGUUUUGG